AAAGAGGCGACCGUCUAUAUCGUGGACCUCGGCGAGUCUAUGGGUGAAAAACACAAUGGACGAGAAAUCAGUGAUCUGGACUGGGCUUUGACAUACGUCUGGGACAAGAUCACCACAACAGUACUCUCAAUGCACUCGACAACUCCGAUGAAGAUGCAUAUCAGAACAUCACCGUAUUCAAAGAGCUUGGACAGNGCCUUGAUGCCAGAUGUACGCCGGCUCAAACAGCAACUUGUGCCUAGCAACACUGAUGUUGGCGAUGCUAUUUCUGCAUUGGUUGUGGCUAUUCACAUGAUUGAAACCGUCACCAAAAAGCUGGCCUACACACGCAGAAUCAUCCUGGUCACCAACGGCAACGGUAGUGUAGAUGCCGAUGGUCUUGAUGCGAUCACCAACAAAUGCAAGGAGGACGGAAUCGAGCUGGUCAUUCUCACGGUCCUCGCGCUCUACGUNGGAGUCGAUUUCGACGAUCCAGAAUAUGGUGUCAAGGAAGAGAACAAAGACCCCACCAAGAACCUGGUCGAGGAGUGCAAUGGCUUGUACGGCACACUUGGCUUCGCUAUCGACGAGAUGGUGAUUCCGCGCAUGAAGACAGUACGACCCGUACACUCAUUCAAAGGUUAUCUGACUCUAGGUGAUCCGGACAAUUACGACACUGCUAUGGCAAUCGAUGUCGAGCGAUACCCUCGGGUCAUGGUUGCAAAAGCACCAUCAGCAAGCCAAUUCGUAGUCAGAACGAACAUGGGAGAAACACAAUCACAGUUCGCACCGCCAGAUGAAGAGUCAAAACCGAACGACCUGGCCGCCGUCAAGAAUGCCCGCACUUACCAAGUCCCUGAUGAAGAGGCACCAGGUGGUAAACGCGAGGUCGAGCAAGAAGAGUUGUCGAGAGGUUUCAAUUACGGAAGCACCGUGGUGCCAAUUGAGGAGGCUGACAAGAACGUGACCGACUUCGAAAGCAAACAAGGCAUGGACAUCAUUGGCUUUGUCGUCAAAGACCAGUAUGAGAGAUAUCUAGACAUGUCAAAGACUCAUGUCAUCAUCGCUCAAAGAACGAACGAGAAGGCUAUCAUGGCACUAUCAUCGUUCAUUCGUGCUCUAUACGAGCUCGACACAUAUGCUGUCGCGAGAUUGGUACCCAAGGAUGGCAAGAGUCCUACCAUGGUCCUCCUGGCGCCAUCCGUCGAUGCCGAUGCCGAAUGUCUAUUCGAAGUCGAGCUACCCUUUGCAGAAGACUUGCGCUCAUACAGAUUCCCCGCCCUAGACAAGAUCGUCACUGUUUCCGGGAGAGAACUCAAGCAACACAGAUUUCUUCCCAACGAUGACUUGAUGGAUGCCAUGAGCGACUACGUGGACGCCAUGGACCUGUCCAGUAAUGCUGCUGAGUAUGCUCCCAUCGAAGAUACCUUUUCACCGGCUCUACACCGCAUCAGCCAGGUAAUCAGGAGUCGAGCAAUCUACCCAGACGAGAAGCUGCCUCCAAUCCCGGAGAUCUUGAUCAAGUACUCCAAUCCACCACAGGAGCUGAUUGAUGGUGCAAAGACUGCAUUGAAGGCAAUGACCACAGCCGCAGAAGUGAAGNNAAAGUCAAAGUCAAGAAAAGGACGCCGCGAUGUUCAAAAGCCGUUGUCCGGACUCGACGUUACCGCUCUCCUCUCAGCCCGAGGAGGCACCCUCAAAAUCUCACCGCAGAACGCCGUACCAGAAUUCAGACAAGUACUGGACAGAGGCGAUCACGAAGAAGUAGAGUCGGCCUUCCAACAACUCGGCAAGAUCAUUCGCGACUACAUCAGAAACUCGGUCGGCGAAUCUGGCUAUGGUCGCGCACUUGAGGCUACCAGAGUGAUGCGCGAAGAAGCUACCGAUCUGGAAGUUCCGGCCUUAUACAAUGAGUGGAUGAAGAAACUCAAGGUUGAGAUCUUGAAGGAUGAGCUCAAUGGCGACAGAAGAGAUAUGUGGUUCAUGGUCAGAGCGAACCGUAUGGGCUUGAUUCAGAGCAAGGAGAGUGGAGCUAGUGGAGUGGGAGAGGACGAAGCCAAGGAGUUUCUGUCUGUGAGACUUGCCGUGUAA